GCGCCCCCGCUCGAGCGCGCAAUCGAUACCCUUAUUCCUGUCAAAUGAAUGAUGAUGGCAGCGGCGACGGUUGAUACGAUGUUGCAGAGCAAUGGCUUUCAGGCGAAAAAGAAAGAGGACGUCGACAAUAAGGACAACUUGUGGUCGUCUAUUCUGGGGGAAGUGCAGAACAGCGGCAACAACAAGCUGCCGUCGAACAAGAACGUCCUCGUCCUAGGUGACAAUGAGAGUGGAAAGACAACGCUUAUAGCCAAAUUGCAAGGCGUGGAGGACCCAAAGAAAGGUUCCGGAUUGGAGUUCGCGUAUAUCGACGUGAGGGAUGAUUACAGAGAUGAUCACACACGGCUGUCGGUAUGGGUCCUGGACGGAGACCCGGGUCACGCGAAUCUCUUGAGAUUUGCUCUGAACAAGGAGAGGUUUCCACAUACGCUUGUUAUGUUAGUUGCUGCCAUGACCACGCCAUGGGCCAUUAUCGAUCAGCUUCAAUCAUGGGCGGCGUUAUUAGGCGAUCACAUUGACAAAUUACCCUUAGAUAAUGACACUAGGCAAUGGUGCAGGCAGCUUAAUAUUAAGAAGUGGCAGGAUUAUACAGAACCAGGAGACGAGCUGGAUCCUGGAAGUCCCCUGCGACGUACCAGUCGUAACCUGGACGAUGACACCACUGAGGGUUUACCUCUGCCGGAAGGAGUACUUACGACCAAUCUGGGCCUGGACGUCGUCGUGGUCAUAACGAAGACCGAUUACAUGUCCACUCUCGAGAAGGAACAGGAUUACAAAGACGAACACUUUGACUUCAUGCAACAGUGGAUCAGGCGGUUUUGCCUGCAGUACGGCGCGGGUCUGUUUUACACAUCGGCGAAGGAGGACAAGAACUGUGAUUUGCUCUAUAAGUAUCUUACGCAUAGGAUUUACUCUUUACCAUUCAGAACGCCGGCCCUGGUCGUCGAGAAGGACGCGGUACUUAUACCCGCUGGUUGGGACAACAUGAAGAAGAUUAGUAUCUUGCACGAGAACUUGCAAUCGAUGAAGGCGAACGAUUAUUAUCGCGAUGUGAUCGCGCAGCCGGCGACGAAUCGGAAAUGUGUCGCUAGGGAAAUGGAGGUGCAAGCGGAGGAGGAGCAAGCUUUCCUCGCGCGGCAGCAGGCAGCUCUGUCCGGUCUGAAGGAUCCCACUCGUUCACCCACCACUCGGAACCAGGCAAGCCCCGGGCCAAUUAUACAGGUGGCGUCGCCGAACAAGAAGCUGGAUCCCAAAGGCACCGGCGCCACGCCAUCCGGAGAGGGUGUCCUAGCUAAUUUCUUCAAUUCUCUCCUCUACAAGAAGACCGGGGUGCAGCCGGGUUCACCGGGGACACCGGGCAACGUGGGCACGAGCCCGAUGAAACUCGACGCUACGCCGGUGGACAAGGCGACGAUGUGUAACGACGCAGCGGCAGAGUUGGACCGCCUCACGCGAACCAAGAAACUUUCCCCACCCAAUCUCAACUCGUCUUCUGAAUGUUAAAGGUAGUGCGCUUUUUCCUUCGCGACCCACUAACGAGAGCGAUUGCUGCCGUCGCGCUGAAUUGAAAUGAAUCCGAGAGACGUAACUCUUCCUGCUUACAGGGUCGAUCAUAUAAUGAUAAGAUGGGUCGCGAAGAGAUUAAAAUUUAGCUCUAAUCAAUGAUAGUCUAGCUCGAUUAAACUGCAAACAAGGAAGAUUCAAGAAAAAGAAACAAUAAAAUUUUAUAUAUAUAUAGCCUGUCACGCAGUUCUGCGGCAGCCUUCAUUGUCGUAUUUGACUAAAUAUCAUUAAAGACACAGAGAACAAAUAUAGAGAAAGCUAUUAAAUUAAUGUAAUUAAAAUAUUUAAUAUAAUAAUAAUAUCAAGAUAUGUAUGCUUACGCACAUGCCCCAGCGCCUGUUCAUAGUAAAUUAUUUAGCGAUCCAUAUACAUAUGGAAACGGAACGUGCUUUUCUAUCGUUGUGUUCACAGAAACGAGUACACACCUUUCUUUUUUUCUGAGCGAAUACCUUUAUUGUGUUUCGUAUCCGGUCGUUAUUUCUCCUGACGAAGUAGUUUCCGCGAAUCUGAUUCGCCACUCUGUAUUCGGUCUAAUUUCUACAACGUGGUAAGUGCCGUUAUAGCGCUGCGAACGUGUCGUGCGAAUGCGUGAGAUAGUCUUUUAUACGAAUUGUCUAUAAAAGUAAAAUACGAGAAUCCUUUUAACGGAAGGCGCAGUGCAGUCUUUGGAUUUAGGGAUAGCUAACGGUACGAGACUGGGAUGAAUGUUCAUAUCGCGCGUGUAAAUUCGACUAUUUUCUUUGUAGAUUUUUAGCCACGUACUCAUACGUUAUCCAACUCCAAGAGGACGAAUGAACAGAAAACUCUGUAUAAAUUCAGUUAUUACACAUAAAUGUGGCUUUAUAUGUAUAUGAGAUUUAAAUUCCCGGAAAAAAUAAAUAAUUUUUCGUA